AGUGGUACCAAAGCGCAACAGCCGCUUAGGUCCCAACUCGACUCAUCCCUUAGGUGAAAAUAUCUAUUAUUGCGACGCACUAAAAUCUCAUAUAUAUAGUAUGCGGUUGAGGCGUAGUCCUAUAGGAGCUAUACGCAAUAGUCGGUUGUAGUACAAUUUCAAAAUCCUUUUAAUACAAAGACACAGUGGUUGAAAAUUUCGUUCAAAACUGUGAAUUUUCAUAGUGAAUAAAAAUGGAAACGGACAUGGAGGAAAUGAGCAGUGAUACACAUUUUUGCAUUCCCCACACGACAUUUCCAACCCUUGAAUAUCUACUGAGGAAAUCAUCUAGUUGUCGUGAAAUUAAAGAAUUCUUUCUUUUAAGACAAAUACAUCCCAACGUCUUCAAAAUCUUAGUAGAAUACGACAGUCGUUACGACUAUCGUUCCUGUUUCCGUAGAGAUGAAUGCAUCACAUUAAAUAAAAUCUGGAGGAGUGAUAGAAAAAAGGAACUACUACCUGAUCAUUUUACAGCUAUAUUGCAAUUAGCUCUAGGACUUGAGUACCUUCACUCACAAAAACUAAUUCAUCGAGAUAUAAAACCGGAAAACGUCAUCAUUUGGAACAGCGUUGCUGGGAUAACUAUGAAAUGGGCCUAUUUUGAAUCGCCAUCACGCUAUGACAAAUCAAAGAAAGUCGAUAUUCAAGAGCAAACAAAUCCCCAAAAAAUAAGUGAUCGACAAACAAAUCCCCAAAAAAUAACUGGUCGAUUGAGCAGUUUUUUGGGGGGGAUUUUUCCCACACAAUCUCACACACAAUUGACACACGAUUCACAAUCGCACACAAUAACACAAAAGUUGCAAGAGAAGGGAGAAUCCAAAAUAAAUAUAGAAAAAGGAACCGAGCAAAUGAGUGACUUUGAAAAAGAGUUUCACGUGAAUGAAACAAAAUUUUUCACAGAUAAAAGAUCGAGAACAUGGCAAGCUCCCGAGUUGCAAACAUUAUCAAAUCCUCGAACACUUGCUACUUUUGAAAGUGACGUCUUUGCAGCGGGCUUGGUCUUUGGUUCGCUUCUUUUAAAGGGAGUCCAUCCUUUCGGGAUUGAUGAAGACGAAAUAAUAUCAAAUAUCAAAAUGAAUAAACCGGUCAAUGAUAAAAAAAUGGAAUCGAAACGAGUUACUAAAUUAAUCUUACAAAUGUUGACGCAAAAAGCAGAAGAAAGAAUUACAUCGUCAAAUGUUGUUGAACGAUUGAAUGUAAUCCAAAAAGAGAUUUUAGAAAUUCCCGCAUUGAUAGACGAAUUGGGAAAGAAAAACAUCAUAACAUGGUAUUGCCGAUUUAAUCAUCAGGAAAAAAAUGUCAUUCAAAAACUUCAACUCCUAAUUGCAAAUGGAGGCGAUGUUAACAGCGUCGAUGAAAAUGGAAAUAACGCGCUACAAAUUCUGUGUAACUAUUACAAACAAGAAAAUUUAAUUGAGAUAAUUCGACUUUUGAUUGGAAAUGGAUUCAACGUCAACUUCAAAGACAAGAAUGGAGAUAAUGCUUUCACUUAUUUGUGCAAAUAUUAUAAAAACGAAAAUGUUAUUGAGAUAAUUCGACUUUUCAUUGGAAAUGGAUUCAACGUCAACUCCAAAGACAAGAACGGAGAUUAUGCUUUCACUUAUUUGUGCAAAUAUUAUAAAAACGAAAAUUUCAUUGAGAUAAUUCAAAUUUUGAUUGGAUAUCCUGGAUUCGAAGUCAACUUCGAAGACAAGAACGGAGAUAAUGCUUUCACUUAUUUGUGCAAAUAUUAUAAAAACGAAAAUUUAAUUGAGAUAAUUUCACUUUUGAUUGGAAAUGGAUUCAACGUCAACUCCAAAGACAAGAACGGAGAUCAUACUUUCACUAAAUUGUGCCAAUAUUAUCAAAGCGAAAAUUUAAUUGACAUUAUCCAACUUUUGAUUGAAAAUGGAAUCGAUAUCAAUUGCAAAACCAACGACGGAGAAAAUGCUCUCACUAUAUUGUGCCACUUUUAUCAAAAGGAAAAUUUAAUUGAUAUCAUUCGACUAUUGAUUAAAAAUGAAAUCAAUGUCAACUUCAAAGACAAGAACGGAGAUAAUGCUCUCACUAAAUUGUGCAAAUAUUAUAAAAACAAAAAAUUAAUUGACAUUACUCUACUUUUGAUUGAAAAUGGAUUCGAAGUCAACUGCAUAGACAGUUUCGGGGAUAAUGCUCUCACUCAAUUAUGCAAGUAUUGUGAAAAAGAAAAUUUAAUUUACAUUAUUCGACUUCUAAUUGAAAAGGGGAUCGAAGUCAACUGCAAAGACACCUACGGAGACAAUGCUCUCACUAAAUUGUGCAAAUAUUAUAAAAACGAAAAUUUAAUUGAAAUUAUUCGCCUUCUAAUUAAAAAGGGGGUCGAAGUCAACUGCAAAAACGAGAUCCCUGGAGAAAAUGCUCUCACUCUAUUGUGCAAAUAUUAUGAAAACGAAAAUUUAAUUGAAAUUUUUCGCCUUCUAAUAAAUAAGGGGGUCGAAGUCAACUGUAAAAACAAGAACGGAGACAAUGCUCUCAAUUUAUUGUGCAGAUGGUAUAAACACGAAAAUUUAAUUGACAUCAUUCGACUUUUGAUUAAAAAUGGAAUCGAAGUCAAUAGAAAAAACAACGACGGAGAUAAUGCGCUCACUUUAUUGUGCAAAUAUUAUAACAACGAAAAUUCAAUUGACAUUACUCGACUUCUAUUUGAAAAUGGAAUUCAAAUACCUUCAGAAGUAUGCCAUUCAGAGAAUGUGUUUUUUUAUGUUUUGAAAAAACAUAAUACCCCAUUAGAUGAAGUCAUAAAACUGUUAAUUCGCCAAAUUCGGCAUGGGAUUCUGUUUAGUAGCAAGUGCUAUGAAAUGCUGCAAGAAUGCGGGAUGAAAAAUCAAAUCGGUGGAUUGGAAAUACUAAAAUAUAUGGCCGAAGAAGAAUUAAGUUUAGGAUGGCAUCCUAACUGUAUCAGUUGCAAUCAUAUUCUGUCAAUUGAGGAAAGUGCUAGAAGGCAAGCGCAACACCAACAAAUGUUUGGGAACGCAUUUGUUGCCUAUCACAUGAUACUGAAGGAUUUACAAGCAUGGCAGAAAUCUACCCAAAAAUCUGUUGCUGAUCAGGACGUACCAAACCCAGGAAAAUUGUGCGAAGAAGCUCAAAACCAUUUUACUACCCCUGAAGAUCAAGAGUGCUUUAAAACGAUGGUCGAAAUCAGCGAGCAAAUGAAAGGAGGAGACUCGAGUCUUUUUCAGUGCAACCUGUACGAGCAUUACAUGAGAAGUUUGCAUAGUAUCGCGCGUAUAAUCGGAGCUGAAAAAUCAAAGAAGCAGAUUGAGUUUUUUUAUCUCCUUCCCUUUGAUUAUUCAUUGACGUUCCCGGCCGAUAAAAAAGAUGACCCUGAUUUCAAAACAGCACUUAGCGAAUGGGACAAAACUCUUUUUUGUUGGAUGCAUAAACCAGGCGAUGACUAUUUCGGAAAAACUUUGAAAAAAGAUAGCACGAAGGGUCUGUUUUCGUCAGUGAAUGAUUCCCUAAAUUGUCACGGGCAACAACGGAAAAAGCAGUGAACUUCAAAAGCGCCCCUUACAUUAUUGAACCCCUAAAUAAAAUUGGGAACCGAUAAAUAGUGCAUCAUUUUAGUUUAGAAAAACCAUAAGGGAGCAGGUGUGUCAAAUUACUUAAUAACCUGUGUGCCUAAUUGGAAUUAAUUUGGGUAAAUCACAAGAAACAAUUGGAAUCUUGAAAUACAUUUGUUUCCUAUCUCAAA